AUGUCAUCACCACCACCAAACCCGUCGCUGCCCUUCGCCACCACCGCCGUCGCGCCAUCGCCGAUCCUCUCCACGGCACCGUUGGUCCUUCCCUCGGCGCCGAUGGGUUCCACCGCCGGCGCAUCGACCAGCCAGUCGCCGCCCCCAUCCACGGGUCCGCCGCCAUCACCCUCCACCACGCCGCUCGUCUACUCCCCGGAGGCCAUGACCGGCGUCCUCAACGAUCUGGUCGUCGCGGUCCAGGGAAUCCGGCUGUUCCUGGCAGGUCCGUACGGGCCGCCAACACCUCCGCCGCCGGCCGUCUCCUCCGGACCGCCGGCCCUGCCCUGGUACUCGAUCCCCGCGGCGAUCGCCGGGGGCCAUCCGUCGCUCCAGCCGUCGGCCGCCCCAGCGCUGUCCUGGCCGCAGUGGCCCGCGCCUCCCCCGCCUGCCUCAGCGCUGUCCUGGCCGCAGUGGCCCGCGCCGGCUCUCGCGGCGCCACCCGCACCCGCCCCAGCGCCGCAGUGGCCGUACUGGCCCGCGCCGGCCGCGCCGGUCCAGCUUCCACCGCCGCCGCCCAGCUCCGAACUAGGCCAGUCCACACCGUGGGGCCUCCCGAUCCAGCAGGUCCAGUUUCCGGCGUCACCGUCCCUGAUUCCGGCCUGGCUAACCGGGACGUCGCCACCGCCAGUUUACACGGAGGCUGGGCACCCAUUGGUACCCACACUGCAGUCUGGGGCCUCGUCCGGCUCCGCGGGGGCCUACGACGGCCUCCCCACCGUUGACCGGGCGCCGCCAUCAUCACAGUUCCGCACCGCCGAGCCGGUCGGCCAUGCCGCGCCGACCCAGACGCCGCCACGGUUCGCCAAGAUCGACUUCGCCACUUAUGACAGCACAGAGGACCCGCUUAACUGGCUCAACCAGUGCGACCAGUUUUUCCGUGGGCAGCGCACGCUCGAGUCAGAGCGCACUUGGCUGGCAUCCUACCACCUCCGCGGUGCAACCCAGACAUGGUACUACGCCCUCAAGCAGGACGAGGGCGGCAUGCCCCCGUGGGAGCGCUUCCAUGAGCUGUGCCUCCUUCGUUUUGGGCCGCCGAUCCACGGGAGCCGCCUGGCCGAGUUGGGCCGCCUUCCCUUCACCUCUACCAUACAACCUGCAAUAUUUAACUCUUGCUAG